AUGUCUACCGCCCAAUAUCAUAGUCCCGUGGAUCCAAACAGUUACCCAACACUUGCUGUGGUGCUUACAUCGAUUGGAUUAAUGUUUAUGGCUUUGUUUUUGGUUUAUGAGGCUACCACUACCAAACAACACCGAAAUCUCUUCAAAGAACUCACUCUCGCUUCUCUAUCAUCAGUCAUCUUAGGAUUAGGAUUGUUUUUCACAUUAUUGUGGACUGGUGUUUAUGUGUAA